CAUCCCAUGGCGUCUGUUCGAUUAUCUCGACCACUACACACUCCAGAUCCUACAUUAUGGCGAUCAUUAUAUCGGGCUACUCUACGAGAAUGUACUUAUCUCCCUGAUCCCAUUGCUCGAGGAUACAUGCGUGAACAUGUCGUGCAUCGCUAUCGCCGAUCUCAAAAAUCCCACCGCUCAGACCUCGAGUUAGCUCGGUCAGCCAGGCAGGGUCUAUCUGUCCUUCAAAGAGCAAACCAAGGCUACCAGCGCCCACUUGAGAGAGUGCUUCACAUGUCAUAUGGUCGUAUUGGAAAACGAAGACAUGAAUUGCUGGCCGAAUUGAUGAAGCCCCAAGUCCCUAGGGAUACCGAGGCCGUGAAGGAACUCAUUGCUCAACCUAUCCAAUUUGAAGAUGGCUGGGAACCGCCAGAGGUUAUUAUGAGUCUUGCAAAAUCUCAAAUACGCAAUGGUUUCUUGUCUUCAUCACGCGUUCGGCCUGCACUGAAGAACCUGCGCCCUCCAAUCCCCGAGACGAACAGCUGGGGCAAACCCGUGCCUCGAGUACGUCGAGUCAAUAUCCGGAAAAAGUGGUACGGUAAUAUGCUGGAAACCCUCCUGCCACCACUACCCUCUUCUCAGCUCCAUAUUCUAGACGGUCUGAUUCUAGGAACCGUGGCCUGGGCUCCGCGGCGGACAAGACCGGCUGACCCCUUGACAUUCAAUGGCAACGAUGAAGAUCAUGAUCCCUUAUUGGACUUCUUGACAAGAGGACCCCAAAAGGGACACACUUUCCGCGAGUGGUCGAGUGGUCGACCGCACGAAAUCACCGAUCGCUUCAUGCGUCGACUAUGGAGGCGGGUCUCUAGUCUCGUUCCCCGGAGGCAAUACAGCGUUACGGCCAAUAAGUGGUCCUUCAUAUGGGACACCCCCAAGGCAAUGCCUCAACUGGCCUUUGAGGUUGACACUACGGCAAAUCUCGAUCAUGUCUUUGGUCAGUCAGAAGUUAAAUCCAGAGCCAGGAACACGGGCAAACCGGAGGCUCCAACGGAGACGUCCAGCCAAGAGCCAAAAGCCUAGCCUGUAUCACCGUGAUACAUCGACUGGACUAUCAAAAUGCUCUCUGCACCACAAACUGUAUUAUAUUCGAUAUACCCCAAGAAUUCAUAUUCCCGAGCUUCAAUCAUAUCGAGCUUGAGCUUUCGUCUUCAAGAUAGAGACUACUACAUACUACUUUGACC